AUGACUUCCUCAAGGAUCCGACCAUCCUAUCGCCGGAGCCCAUCUCUUUCCUCCGCUUCUUCAUCAUCGCUCGGAUCAAUGUCUUUCUUCCUCGACGAUUCUUCCGUUCCGGCUACUCCACUCCGAUACUUCGGCAUCCCAUUUUCAUGGGAACAAUUCCCCGGAAUUCCAAAGAAAAAUAAUACCAAAAAGGAUUCAUCACAGAGUCUUCUCCCGUUGCCUCCCUCUGGUAACUCCUUUAGAAAAUCCUUCGGAAAAGACACUGGACCGAUGCUCAAGAAAUACAGCACCAACGAGAGCUUCCACAAAGAUCCCUUUUUUGCAGCUUUUGUGGAGUGCUCAAAGGAUGAAGAACUGGUGAAGGGCUCAAAAAUCCGGUCAACUAGUGGAUUAGCAAAUGUGUACAGUUCUUGCAAGAGAACCUGUGAGGUGGCUGAGUCUAUUGUUUACCUCCCAAGAUCACGUGCAGGAUACUUUCACCGAUGA